GAUGGAAGGAACCUCAGAUACAUAUUGUUUUCACGUGGCGGAACAGAUAACAUAAAAUCACGUCGGGUGCAGUAACCCCAACUUAAAUCGUACCAAUUGACUGAGAAAAACCAAAACAAAAGCUUGGAUCAAUUUACCCCAAGGUCCCCAACACUCUUCCAAGUCAUUUUUCACUUUUGGUUCAUUUACGUACCUUAUCUUUUUAUCGACCAACUCAAAAGGCUGAGCUCACCUCACUACAUAGGUUACAACAAUUCAGCCAUGCGACACCUUCGACAUAUGUAAGCAAAUCAUCGCGGUCACAAAUCACGGUCACAGAUCACAGAUCACAAAUCCCUUCAACAUGGCGCCUUCAGCGAUGGAUAUCCCCGCGCUUCCUAUACGCCAGGAAAAGACGUACCCUCCCGCGCGAAUCUAUAAUGUGAAGGAAACCAAGUUUGACAAGCCUAUUCCUGCACAGCCCGAUGGUCGCGAAGAAGCUCUAGAACGACCUGCUGGCAGCGUUGCUAUCGUCAUUGACAAUGGUUCAUCCGCUGUCAGGGCCGGAUGGUCAUUCGAGUCGAAGCCCCGAUUCAGCAUUCCUCCCAUCAUGGCCAAAUACAGGGAUAGAAAGUUGGGCAAGACAUACUCCUUCGCAGGUUUCGACUGCUAUGCCGACACCACAGCCCGAGGACAUAUUCGAAAUGCAUUCGAAGCUGGCACAGGCAUCGUCAGCAAUUGGGAUGUAGAAGAGCAUAUAUUAGACUGGACCUUCCUCAAGCUAGGCAUGGACAAUGCCGAUGGAUCUAUCGACCUACCGAUUGUUAUGACGGAGGCUGUCGCAAACCUACCCUAUUCACGAAAAUCCAUGAACGAAAUCAUAUUCGAGUGCUACCAGGCACCAUCUCUUGCACUGGGCAUCGACUCCCUCUUCUCGUACCGUCACAACAAGGGACAGACUGGACUCGUCGUGUCUUCCUCUUACAGCUCAACCCAUGUUAUACCUGUCUUCAACUCCAAGGCUAUGCUAGCCCAAGCCAUUCGAUUAAACUGGGGAGGAUCUCAUGCCGCAGAGUACCUUCUCAAGCUUAUCCGCCUCAAAUAUCCAUCAUUUCCGGGAAAACUGAACGCAUCACAGGCAGAGCACAUGAUUAGAGAGCAUUGCUAUAUCUCUAAGUCUUAUGAUGAAGAGUUACGAUCGUACUUGGACUGGACUGGAUUAGAAGAGCGAGAUGUUAUCAUUCAGUACCCGUUCACUGAGGAUAUAGUGAUCCAAAAGAGCGAGGAAGAGCUGGCUCGGAUAGUAGAGCGAAAGAAGGAGAGCGGGCGACGACUACAGGAGCAAGCAGCCAAAAUGCGUCUGGAUAAACUGAUACGCAAAGAACAGGAAUUGGAGUACUACAAGAAGCUACUUGAGAAGAUUGGCGAUGCAAAUAAGAAAGACACGAGACGCCUUCUCGAUGCCGAAGAGAUGAAGGACGAAGCGCACCUUGAGCGCACGAUUAAAGAGUUAGAUAAGUCGAUCAAACGUGCCCGCACAAAGGAUGUGGGGGGCGACCCAGAGGAAGAGCAAGAAGCGCCCGACUUCAGCCUCCUUGAAAUAGCUGACGAUCAACUCGACGAAGCUGGGUUGAAGGCGAAGCGACACCAGCGACUUCUAAAGUCUAACCAUGAAGCUCGAGCUCGAGCCAAGGCCGAGAAAGAAGCUGAGAAGGCACGUGUUGCCGAAGAUGAACGACUAGAUAGAGAACGACGCGAAAAUGAUCUAGAGGGUUGGCUUGAAGAGAAGCGGGUAGCUCGCACCCUUACACUACAGAAGAUGAAAGAACGAGACCGCCUCAAGGCCGAUCUAGGAAACCGCAAAUCGCUUGCUUCUCAGAUUCGUAUGAAAUCGAUCGCGAACCUCGCCUCAGAUAAUCCGAGAGGAAAGCGCCGCCGUGGCGGAGAUGACGAUAAUUUUGGUGCUAACGAUGAUGACUGGGGUGUUUACCGACAAAUUCAAGUCGGCGAUGGUGGUAGCGACGAUGAGGAGGGCGAGGAAGACUUGGAGGGAACACUGAAAACACUGGAGGAGGAUCUGCUUCGAUACGAUGAGGGAUUCACUCAUGAGCAUACGUGGGAGGCACAAAACGGUUGGAAUAAGAGUCUUUUACAUGCAUUCUUGCGCGGCCCACGACCGUUCGAUCCCUCCUCUCAAGCUGAAAUUCACCAAAUCCAUCUGAAUGUCGAGCGUAUACGAGUACCAGAGGUUGUUUUUCAACCCUCGAUUGCAGGGGUUGAUCAAGCAGGACUCGUCGAAAUUGCGGGCGACAUAUUAACCCAACGACUUGUUGGUAUUAACGGACUCAACCGCGACGACUUUCUCAAGGAUAUAUUCUUGACCGGCGGUAACACGCUCUUCGAUGGCUUUGACGAUCGCCUUCGCCAGGGUCUGACACCGCUACUCCACAUAGAUGCGCCACUUAAGCUACGCCGAGCCAACGACUCUAUACUGGAUGCAUGGAAGGGUGCUGCAGAAUGGGUAGGGACCGACAGCUGGAAAACGGCGACAAUAACGAAAGCAGAAUACCAGGAGAAGGGCCAUGAUUAUUUGAAGGAACAUGACAUGGGGAAUUCAUAUCCUUGAAAUAAAUCCAAGUGAAACCCAUUAUUUUAUGUUAGAGCAACAACGCGAUAGCGGCACAGCAAGUAAUAGUGGCCGACUCUAACGAUGCCAUUGAAGGGUUUUACUAAGCUCCAGUCUGUCGUGCCUCUUCCUGUCUCUUGCUCGGGUACGACGAGCGAUUCCCGCUCGGAGCUCGCGGCAUCGUACCUCAAGUCAAGCAUCGGCGGAAAUGGGUACCACUGCCUACCUCAGUACUAGACAUAGGCUACCUGCCUACAUUGGAGGUGAUUACGUACAGCACAGUACCGCCGGGCUUCUCCUCUACUGGGCUUCUUGGUUACCUAAAUUACCUAAAUUACUUGAUACUAUAUGUACUUGACGCUAAUCAACCGCUACGAUCAACAAUGUGUACCCUCUUGGCGUUUGCGCCGUGCAUCUCAGAGGGAAAAUCUAUGAGAAUGCAGCGGUGUAGUGAGGAAAGUAGCACCAUAGGUGUAAUAAUAAUAACGAAGUCUACAACAA